CAGCAUUGCUAAAUGAAGCAGAAGAGCUGCACCCAGCCUAGAGUACCUUAAGAAUCUAAACAUUAUCGAGGACUAAGAAGAAACCCUUACUGUUACUACUGCAAGAUUUAAGAAACCUUUCCUGGCACCAUGACCAUCUCUGAUCCAAACACACUGGUUCUGUCCAUCAUUUUAUGCCUUUUUCUUGCCCUACUUUUCUUUGGAUGGAAAAAAAAUGAUCGCUAUAAUCUGCCCCCUGGACCCAGACCGUUACCAAUCAUUGGAAACCUUCACAUUCUAGACCUGAAGAAACCGUAUCAGACACUUCAUCAGCUCUCUAAGAAGUACGGACCGGUGUACACCAUUCAAUUAGGAGUGCAGAAAGCCGUUGUACUGUGCGGAUAUGAGGCAGUGAAAGACGCCCUUGUCAAUCAUGCAGACGAAUUUUUGGGAAGAGAAAAAGUGCCAAUUUUUGAGGAAAUAUCAAAAGGACAUGGAGUUAUUUUUUCUCAUGAUGAGAACUGGAGAGUGAUGAGACGAUUCGCUCUUUCAACUCUUAGAGAUUUUGGAAUGGGAAAAGAAGCCAUUGAAAGCAAGAUUUCUGAAGAAAGUGAUUUUUUGGUAAAGAAGCUAAAAUCUUACAAAGGAGAGCCCUUUGAUAACACCAUGAUUUUAAACGCAGCUGUAGCCAACAUUAUAGUCUCCAUCUUACUGAGUAAACGAUUUGAUUAUGAAGAUCCUGCACUUCUGAAGCUUUUAAAGAUCAUUACUGAAAAUAUCAAAUUAGUUGGAAGUCCAAUGGCUACGCUGUACAAUGCCUAUCCAUCACUGAUACACUGGUGUUCAAGUAUCCAUACAGUAGUUAUGAGGAAUGUGGAUGAACUGCAUGAGUUUGUUCGUGAAACCUUCACCAACCAGAAAAAAAUACUGGAUGUUAAUGACCAGAGGAACCUUAUUGACGCAUUCCUGGUGAAACAACAAGAGGAAAAAACUAAUUUGAAAUUAUGGUUUACUAAUGAAAACCUAGAGGUGCUUGUGACGGACCUCUUUUCUGCUGGCAUGGACACAACCUCAACCACUCUGAGAUGGGGUCUUCUUCUGAUGAUGAAAUAUCCAGAAAUCCAAAGUAAGGUCCAAAAUGAGAUUGAAAAAGUUAUUGGGUCAGCUGUGCCCCAAGCAAGUCAUCGCAAAGCCAUGCCCUAUACUGACGCCGUCAUCCAUGAGAUUCAACGUUUUGCAAACAUUGUUCCAACUAACCUGCCACACGCUACUACUAAAGAUGUCCACUUCUGGGGAUAUCUUCUGCCCAAAGGGACAUACGUGAUACCGCUACUGACCUCCGUACUCUACGACAAGGAUCAUUUCGCAAAAGCUGAUGAGUUUUACCCGGAACACUUUCUGGAUUCCAGUGGAAAUUUUGUAAGGAAAGAAGCAUUCAUGCCUUUCUCAGCUGGUAAAAGAAGUUGUGCUGGAGAGAGCUUGGCCAAAAUGGAGCUGUUCCUGUUCUUCACAAGACUACUGCAGAACUUCAUGUUUCAGUCUCCUCCUGGGGCUGCACUAGACCUGAACCCUGCGAUAGGAUUUAUAGCUGGACCACUGCCCCAUAAGAUAUGUGCUAUACCCCGUGUAUAACCUUUGAGUAUCACUUACAUUGAAAAUUUGAACAACUUAGAAACAUAGGCUUCUAAAUGGGAACUACCAUAAAUAAGAUGCUACCAUUUACCUACUUGUAUCCUGAAUUUAUAUGUACGUCUACUAGCCACCAAUUGUCCUUGUUGUGUAUGCAUUGAUAACCUCUUGGGAUAACCUACGUAUGUGGUCCCCAUAAGAAUGGGAACAUAAUUGUAUACUU